UCAGGGUCAUCCUUACCUCUGCAAUGAGUUAGAAGCCAGCUUGGGCUACAUGAAACUUUAUCUCAAAACAAAAGCAAAACCCAAAUCCAAACCAAUUAGUGUUCUAAGAAGAGGCACACCACGUUGAGGCCUCAAUGAGGGGUAGGGCAGCUCUUAGAGGUAGGAGAAGCUCCUUGGAGACACAAAAGGAACAGGGUUUAAGACGGUGAAUGCGUGGUGGUCUAGCACUGAGUUGGGGGUUAGCAACUGGGUGGAGCUAGGUGGAGUGCAUCAGAAGAGGCCAGUGUGAAUGGAAAGAGUUGAAGUGGUAUUGGAGAUGAGCUGGGAACAGCUUCCACAGGGGACUGAUUGUUGGUUAGAGGGGAAGUAGAAAUGAGGAUGAGGAUAGAGGUUGGUGUGCAGUGAGGUAGUGGAGAAAGAUCCAGCUCCCCAGAACUUUCUCCCUCCCCAGCUGACCUGCUCUGUUCCUGGGAAGAGGACCGAAAGUUGGUCCUGCGUGGCUGGUCCCUCGUCUUCAUCUUCCUGGCGACCAUGUUGGUGUUCAGCGUGGUGGAUGGUCGGAUGGCCUAUGUGCAUGGUCCAUACACUGGUGUCAUUGGCCUCUGGAUUGACUGCAGGAGGCAUAAGUGUGCCAACGUGGGCCAAGUCACUGUUUACAUUCACAUGAGCAAGGGUUUCAUAUUUCUGGCCCUGGCACUAUGCCUCAUCCUCCUGCCCAUCAUGUUCCUCUCCUUCCGACCAGUCUGCCGCCGCCUGAACAAGAUCGAUUUCGUCUUCAGUUUCCUCAGCAUUGGCAUCGGAACUCUGUCCUUCCUCAACCAAGUGCGGAUAUGGAGCUACAGCACGCCCUUCGUGGAGCGGAGGCUCAGCUACUUCCGUUGGGCCUCAAGACACCGCUUGCUGCACCUGCUGCUGCGUGGCAGUUCGGACAGGAGCUCAGAGCGCACCGGUUCUCCUGAAAGCAGCUCUGUGAACUACCAUGGGACUCCCCAAAAGAGAGACUUCGAAAUUUCUCAGGAUUCUGACGAGUCCCCGCGGCCAGAUGCCUCUACUUCUGUCUCCGUGACUCCGUCUCCAUCAGACCUCGCUUGAGGUCCCAUACUUCCCCUGAGCAGGAAGAACCCUAGGGAGACAGGUGGCAAGCCCCGCCCCCGCGCUAAAGUCCACCCCUUGCGGCCAGAGUUUUGGCAGGGACCCCACUCUGGAAGUCCUCCAGCACUCUCAGAGACGGCUAUGUCCCUAUGUGAAGACACUGGUCCAUGGUCCGGAGCAGCGGGAGCAGCGUGGCUGCUUUCCCCGAGCCGGGCGAUGCUCCGCCCCACAGGCCACGCCCCUGAGCCACUCUUCAUCCGUUGGUCCAGCCCCACCCAAGAUGUCCCCUCUAGGGACCAAAGACGGACACUUUGCAACCUAGCCUUGGGGGCAGUCCCCGCCCUUCUGUGGACAGACCCUUCCCUAGGAAGUCAAGACUUGAUAUAACAUGCCUGCCCCCCUUCCUGGCUUCCCCGACUC